UUUCUCCCCACUGAUCUCUGCUGCUGUAGGCACGGCUGGUGAAUUAUUAUUCCUUCUGCUUACAGAAUAACCAAGGUAUCCUCACUCGCUGCCUCUGGGUUUCUACCUACACCUUUAAACCAUGGAGGAGUCCAUUUAUGAAUCCACCUUUCCCACAGAGUGGGCAGGCGAGGCCAACUACUCCAAUCUUAGCAGUCCAGACAGUAUGGACACGAGUCCAGAAACACCCCGGAGCGGAGCAUCAUCAGCAACACCAUCCUCUCAGCUUGGGGCAGAAGAUGAAGAUGGGGUGAAGGAAAAUGGUUUGAAUGCAAGACCACCAUUACCUCUUGGCCAAAUGCAGUUGAAUGAUGACUUACCAUCACCUGUCUAUUCUACCACUCCAACCUCCCCCGGCACCCCGAAAUCUCCACUCACCAACUAUUUCAGACAAUCUUCAAACCCAUCAUCUCCCCGUGAGUACAUAGCUCCCCUGGGGCUCCACACUCGCCUGCUAGACCCGUCUGGACAACUGAACAAUAACACACAAUAUGAGGAUGCAGUUGACAAUGAGACAGAAGAACCAGACAUAGCCAUCUAUAUCAAGGCUGGGAGCGAUGGAGAGAGCAUAGGGAACUGCCCCUUCUCCCAGCGCCUGUUUAUGAUCCUCUGGCUGAAGGGAGUAGUCUUCAACGUUACCACAGUAGAUCUGAAAAGAAAACCGGCCGACCUCCAUAACUUAGCUCCCGGGACUCACCCACCUUUCCUGACCUUCAAUGGGGAAGUAAAGACGGACGUGAACAAGAUAGAAGAGUUCCUGGAGGAAUCAUUGGCACCCCCAAGGUACCCCAAACUGGCUGCAAAGCAUCGCGAGUCCAACACUGCCGGGAUUGAUAUCUUCUCCAAAUUCUCAGCCUACAUUAAAAACACAAAGCAGCAGGACAAUGCCGGCCUAGAGAAGGGUCUGACAAAAGCCCUGAAGAAACUCGACACAUACCUGAACUCGCCGCUGCCUGAAGAGAUCGAUGCCAACAGCCGAGAGGAAGAGAAAGUAUCAAAGCGGAAGUUUCUAGAUGGGGAUGAGUUUACCCUGGCUGACUGCAACCUCCUGCCCAAGCUCCAUGUUGUCAAGAUUGUCGCAAAGAAAUACCGCAACUAUGAAAUCCCAGCGGAGAUGAGUGGCAUCUGGCGGUACCUGAAGAACGCUUACGCCAGAGACGAGUUUACCAACACGUGCGCCGCGGAUAAAGAGACAGAGCUAGCCUACGCCGACGUGGCGAAAAGGCUCUCCAAGUAAUUCAGCUCUGGAAGCGAAAUUCCCCGGCGCUAAAGUGUUCUCACACUCACAGACUGAUCUCCUUGUUGCCUUAGGAUCCAUCUACACACCAAAUGGGUUGAACAAUUCUGCUUCUGGAUAGGCCGGCUGUGUGUGUGACUUUGAAAUACGUCGCCGCCGACUGCAUUGAAAACCAAGCCGUGAUUUCUUGCUCUUGAGAGGUGGCGAACUAUGUUAUUUUUUAAAGGGAAAAGUUGAUCAGAAUGAGAAAAAAACCCCGAUAUCUCUGACACCCAAUCAAAUCUUAAGGCAACACGCGCUAUCUAUAAAGUAUUUUUGUAUUGGAAGCUGAUUCCUUUAUCAGUGAUUUAUGAAAUGUAUUAUUUCACAGGGAAUGUAUAUUCUUAGUGAUUCUAUAAAGCUUAAUAAUAAUAGUAAUAAUAAUAAUAUUAAUAACCGGGAGAAUGCUUUCUUCUAAUAGUAGAGUUAUUCAUGGUAGAGCAGCUUCUCCUAGUUGGGGUUAAUAUACUCCUGGGGGGGCAGAGACUGGUCUGGAUUUACCCCACGGCAGCCUCGGUGUAACAUGGAAACUGAAGAUGGAGAGAAUCAGAAAGGACGGAUGGAAAUGUUUUGAAAGGUUGGAAAUAAAGAGAGAGAUAUUAAGUGCUGAGAUGAUAAAGAGACGCUGAAAGAAUGGUAAAUAGAGAAGGGAAGGAGCCGGGGAACUUCCGUGGCACCCGUUUAGGCUCGUGGCACAGGCAGGUGUUGGCCUGAAAUCCAAUGCACAUUUUCAGGGUGAAAUCUGCCUAUACCAGAGCCUCAGGUGUAUGUUUAUUGCCCUAUUGCCCCUGAGCAGCUGAGGGACUGCACCAUUGUCUGGUUAUGGUCACAUGAAGCAGCUACGGCCACCAGGGUGACUCCCCGGCAGCGGAUAAUUCCGGCAAGCACUAAGCUGCUACUGUGCAGAGAGGGCCGGGGAGUGAAGACAACAAAAGCAACAAGGUCUUUGGGCGUCAGCUGGGAAAUAUAGGGAGAAGGAGCUCCAGGAACUGCUCACAUCUGCCAUGAUACACUUUGUGUAGGCUCAUUUGGUGUCCUCAAAUCACUAGAACCAGUGUAUUUUGGCCCAAAAUGUCUGUACGUUUCCAGGCAGAGAUUCACCUUGGAUUUCAAUUAAAAUCAUUUUUGGCCAACACUGCUAUAGGCUAAGAGCCUGUCAAUAUUCAACCUUCUGCCAUAGGGCCUCGGGUAGCCUUGGGGUAAGUUUGGAACCUGCUGGGGGUUCUGUAACAGCCCAAAGGUGUCCUAUCCCUGCUCCAGAUUGUUAGUAAGUAUGGCCCUGCGAAGCACAGGGAUGUGAGAGGUUUGUACCAGAAUAUACCCGUUGGGUGUACUUAACAAGGGUAAGGGUGCCUUAUAUGAAUACAAAAUAAAUGUAUUUGAAAUAUU